AUGGAAGAAGUGGUGUCGGUUAUUCGAAAUCAGUACCGCAAAUUGCACACAACAAGAUCAUGGGACUUUAUAGGGUUACCUUUGACUGCUAAGAGAAAACAGAAGUCAGAAAGUGACAUAAUUGUGGCUCUGUUGGAUACAGGGGUCACUCCUCAGCUUCAAAGCUUCAAGGACGAUGGAUUUGGUCCUCCACCUGCUAAAUGGAAAGGAAGUUGUGAUAAAUAUGCGAAUUUUUCAGGCUGCAAUAACAAGCUCAUAGGAGCCAGAUACUUCAAGAUUGGUGGAAGGCCUGAUCCAUCUGACAUAUUAUCCCCUAUAGAUGUGGUUGGUCAUGGAACUCACACUGCAUCAACAGCAGCAGGCAAUCUUGUCCCAGAUGCAAUGGCUGCUAGUGGCGUUGAUAGGGAUUUCCGAAGCACUAUUCAGUUGGGGAAUGGAAAGAAUUUUUCUACUUCAGCCAUGAUGCAUGUAUGUAGCUCAGCAUUUAAGGGGGGAGGACUGAGCACCUUCAAUCCAAAGCAAAAACAGUACCCCCUUGUUAAUGGGACUGAUGCGGCCCGAAACACUGGAAGCAAAGAAAAUGCUAGGUUCUGCUAUGAAGACUCCUUGGAUCCACACAAGGUGAAAGGAAAACUUGUAUACUGUAGUUUAAGUGGUUGGGGCAGUGAAGCUGUUGUGAAAGGAAUUGGAGGCAUUGGCAGUAUAAUGGAAAGUGAUGACGUUUUUGAAAUUGCUCAAAUAUUCAUGGCUCCGGCUACCAUUGUGAAUAGUAGCAUAGGUCAAAUUAUUACCAAUUAUACACAGUCCACAAGGUCACCAUCAGCAGUAAUAUAUAAGACCCACGAAGUAAAGAUUCCAGCUCCAUUUACUGCUUCAUUUUCAUCUAGGGGUCCAAAUCCAGCAUCUAACCAUAUUCUCAAGCCUGAUGUUACAGCUCCUGGCCUUAACAUCUUGGCAUCUUAUACACCUAUGCAGUCAAUUUCUGGAGAAAAAGGGGAUACCCAAUUUUCAGAAUUUACACUUAUGUCUGGAACUUCUAUGUCAUGCCCUCAUGUUUCUGGAGUAGCAGCAUAUGUGAAGUCGUUUCACCCAGAUUGGUCUCCUGCUGCAAUCAGAUCAGCCAUUAUUACCACAGCCGUUGAGCCUCAAAGUCACAUCAUAUCUUGUAGAUUCUUAUGCCAUGAGGGCUAUAAUGGUUCCACUCUAUCAGUGUUAGUUGGCUCUCGUGUGAACUGCACGUCUUUGCUCCCAGGGGUUGGCCAUGAUGCUAUCAACUAUCCCACCAUGCAACUAAGGGUGAAAAACAACUCAGGCACAACAGUAGCAGUUUUCAGGAGAAGAGUCACCAAUGUCGGUCCUUCUCCAACCAUCUUCAAUGCCACCAUCAAAUCUCCAAAAGGGGUGGAAAUCACAGUGAAACCUACAAGCCUCAUUUUCUCUCACACCCUGCAGAAGAAGAGCUUCAAGGUAGUGGUGAAAGCAAAGUCUAUGGCAAGCAUGAAAAUUCUGUCAGUGGCCAUAAUCAAGCUUGUAGCAUUCAUUGCCUGUGUGCUAAAACACAUGGCUCUUCUUGUGCUCAAUGUUGACAUUUUAAUAAUGUCUAGGCAAGCAUCAAAUGAGAAUCUUAGCUAUGAUCUUAUAGAAGCUUCAGUUUAG